AUGGGUAACGCGAGAUCAGCAAUCGAUCAUCCUGUCGCGAUCGAAGUGUCAUCGGGAGCAAAUUUACAUUAUCAUCCGGAUUUGAUGACUCAAAUACCUUUCGACGUUAAAAAUAAUUUAUACGGAAACGCGGCCAUUUUACAACCGUCAAACAGCAUCACUGUAACUGUGACGUUACAAAAAAUGACUUCACCAAUCACAAAUCCAAUAUCGAAUCUUACUUUUUACGUAUUCGUACAAAAUAAACCGUUCACACGUUCCGCCAUUGUUUCGUUAUACCCACAGACUGAUAACGAUUGGACACCACCGAAAAUAAAUUAUAAAUUCAAAGGUGAUUGCACUCUAUAUUCAGAACCACAAAAUUGUGAAAAAGGAUUUUGGAGUUUAGAACUUGCAGCUCAAGAUGAUGAAUCAGGCAUUCUCAAAAUACUAUCAGAACCUUAUGGUCUUCUUUUUGAACCUUAUUUUAUGGCAGGAACUAAAGAAUUAGUCACAGCACAUUACACAGCGACAUGUUGUAAAUCCAAAGUUGAUUUUUGGGUAGAAGAUGUCAAAGGAAAUUUUGUUAAACAAUCAUUCGAUGUUUUUAAUCCAAUUGUUGUCGGUGUUUUCUUACUCUUAUUCAUAAUUGUCGCUGUAAUCGUUGCAAUUAUUUUUAUAAGGCAAAAAAAUAAAAGAAGUUUAGUUAUACCGAAAGCAAGGUCUAGUAGUUGA